AAAGAGUUACAAAGACACAGUUCAUCUGCAACACUUACCAUAUCAUUGUGAGCUGGGACCCUGUGAUCGAGGCGGACAUCAGACAGACCCUUUCAGCGGGCAUCUUGUGACACAUGUACUUGACCAAUUCUCAGACACAGGAGUAAUAAUGCAUUGGCCAAGGAAGGGAUGGGAUCUGAGGGGACUGCUGAGGAAGAACCGGCUCCUGAUAGCAACUAUUCUGUCGGUGCCACUUGGCAUUGGGCUGGGUAUGGCUGUGCGGGACUACGGCGAUCUGUCCCAGCUGGGGAAGUUCUACUUGGGCUUCCCGGGGGAGAUCCUCAUGCGGAUGCUGAAGCUCAUCAUCCUGCCGCUCAUCGUCUCCAGCAUCAUCACAGGUGUAGCAUCCCUGGAGUCGGAGGUGUCGGGCCGCAUUGGGCUGCGUGCUGUUGUGUACUACUUCACCACUACCGUCAUGGCUGCUGUCCUGGGAAUCAUUCUGGUGAUUGUCAUACAGCCUGGAGGAUCUGUAGACGCUGAUGACAUCAGCAGGUUUGGGGCUCCUCAGAAUAUAUCCAUGGUGGACGCCAUGUUGGAUCUGAUCAGGAACAUGUUCCCUGAAAACCUUGUGCAGGCCUGCUUUCAACAGUACAAGACCAAGCGUGAAGAAAUUGUUCCAACUUUAGGAGUAAUGAAUACAACCAAUGGCCUGUCCCUGUUUCACACAAACUCUCCACAGGGGGAUAGUUCCAGGGACUACCAAAUCACUGGAUCAUAUCUAGAUGGGAUCAACAUUCUGGGCCUCAUCGUCUUCUGCCUGAUGUUCGGGUCCAUCAUCGGAAAGAUGGGUGAACGCGGGCGCCCCCUGGUGGACUUCUUUGACGCCUUAAAUGAGGCGACUAUGAGGGUGGUGCAGAUCAUUAUGUGUUACAUGCCUAUCGGGAUACUGUUUCUGAUUGCUGCUAAAAUCAUUGCAGUGGAUGACUGGAGCAUUUUCGCUAAGCUGGGUCUCUACAUGGUAACAGUGCUUAGUGGACUGGCCAUUCAUGCCCUGCUGGUCCUGCCUCUGCUCUAUUUGGUUGUGGUGAGGAAGAAUCCAUACGCAUUUGCCUGGGGGAUGGCUCAAGCCCUACUCACUGCACUCAUGAUCUCCUCCAGCUCUGCCACGCUGCCUGUGACAUUUCAGUGUGUGGAGGAGAACAACAGGGUGGACAAGCGCAUCACCCGCUUCAUGCUGCCCGUGGGCGCCACCAUUAACAUGGACGGCACCGCCCUGUAUGAGGCUGUGGCGGCCAUCUUUAUCGCCCAGCUCAAUAAUUACCCCCUGGCCAUCGGACAGGUCAUCACUAUCAGCAUCACAGCAACAGCAGCCAGCAUUGGUGCUGCAGGGGUCCCUAAUGCUGGUCUGGUUACCAUGGUGAUUGUGUUGACAGCUGUGGGCCUUCCUGCCAAUGAUGUCACUCUGAUCAUUGCUGUUGAUUGGCUCCUGGAUCGUUUUCGCACAGUGAUCAAUGUUUUGGGAGACGCGUAUGGAGCCGGGAUUGUGGAGAAGCUGUCUGAAGCAGAACUGGCCAGGGGGAUGUCCUCCCUGUCCGCUGCUGACCCCGAGAACCAGCAUGCUUCCUUGAGAGCGCCCCCGGAGGAUGUGUGUGAGAAAACAACACAGCCCAACGAAGGUCUCACAGUCACCAAGGGUGAUGGAGGACAAUGUGCUGCCGACGUUUAACACCUCAAACAAGUCAAUUCUGCCAUUUGUCUACAGUGCUCACAGCAUACAAAGGACAAGAGUCAUGUACAUGUAUAACAAUUAUUCAUUUGAUAGUUAGUUUUAGGAACAUAUGUUUAGGUAUUAUUUAUGGUUUAUAUGGCAGUAUUUUAUGCUAACAAAGCGCAAAGCAUAUAUGAAUAUGAGUAAUUUCUUGUCAAUUGAGACAAAAUCCUGGAAAAUGGUUGUCGCAUCAUCUCAGACUUUUGCUCAAAAUUUGUCCACACAAUGAUUAGGUCCCCAAACAAACACCUAUAAAAUACUUUUGUUCAAUUCCACUGUUUGAAUAAUUUUUAACUCUGGAAAACUUCUGAAUUAUUAUCAGUAUUUCAUAAUGGGGCAUGUUUCUAUGGCAGGGAAAAUGCCUCAGCACACAACUGGAUAGGCCUUACCAAUCAGAGCAAUGAAAUAAUUAUUUGAAUCCUGUUGGGAGAACAGCAAGAAAGUCCAUCUUCUUGACAAAAGCAUUCAUGGCGGUUUUCUGUUUGUCUUUUAAAGUUGUUGCACUGUAAAUGUCUUGUAAAGUAUAACAGCGAAAUUUAAACAUCUUGUUUCUCUACUGUCAGCAUUUUUUUUGUUGUAAACAAAGUCAACUCAAGUGCAUUUAGGUGAUCUGAAUGAUUAUGUUACUUUCGCCUAUCUAUCCAUCACCGUAUAAAGCCCAUCCAGAUGAUUUGGUUGGUCUGAACACAUAAGUAUUGAGACUUCUAAAUGGCGCGAUUCAGAUUUUGUCUGGCUUACAGGCUAAUUCAAAAUAUAUAAUCAACUACAUAUCUUUCAGAUGAAAACUUAACAAUAAAAAAAGUUGUAU